AUGGCGGCGGCGAUCCAGAAAACAGAGUCGAUGGUGGCCUCCUCGUCUUCAUACCUAACGCUGCCGUUAGGUAUGAAGAUCUCAUUCAUCCCCACCGAUUCACAACUCAUCAGGUUUAUUCUUCACGAUUCUGCCCCGAAUUUUAUUAUUACUGAUUGUGAUCUAUUUGGCCAGGAAGAGCCCUGGGAAAUCUGGGACAGAUAUCUAGGGUUUCUAAACCAAUACAACCCAGAUGAACUCUACUUCUUCAUGCCUUCACUGAAGAAAUUGAGCCGGUCUAAUGGUGGUUCAAGGAUCAGCCGAACAAUUGGCGGUGGUAGUUGGACUCAGAAGGAGCCAAUCAAGUUUGUGUGCGACGAGGGCAGAUCAAUUGGGGUGAAGAGAAAGCUUAGAUAUCACAACCAAGGGUCAGAUCAACAUUUGCAGUGGUGUUUGGAUGAGUAUACUAGUGUUGAGGUUGCUAAUUCAUGUGCAAUUUUCCGGCUCCGGAAAAACGAGCGACAAUACAAAUCACUGUGUGGUAUUUGUGUGGAAGACUUCUUUCAGCCUCUACCAUUAGGAAGAGCCUUGGGAAAUUUGGGACAGGUAUUCAUCGGUUAA